AUGCCGAACAGAAAGUUGGCGAUCCUUUUGCUGGCAGCUACCUGUGCGAGAACUGCGACGAGUCCGAGAUCACUGAGAUCGGACAUCUCAAUUCUCAUCACCAAUGACCUGUUGGAGUCCGAAAGCCCAUACAGUGGGUCGGGGGUUUUACUGCUUGAUGCGAUGGAUUUGGACUCGGCUGCAAAAAGUUGCAAGGCGCUGGGAGAAACAUUAUGGACACCAGAAACCCCAUUCAGCGUGAUUAAGCCUCAUCUCGACUACCUCAUAUAUCAAGGCCGAUAUAGCGCUGAACAGCGAUUUUGGAUUUCUUCAGGUGUCCAGCAUCGACGGCCGCACACUAUCACCCGUACUGGUCUCAUUCUUCCAGCGGCGGACAGGGAGCGGCUGCCGGUUCUUUGCACACAAUCUGCGCCGUAUUCAAACGAGACAUUUUCGGACACCAGCUCAGACUUCCAGGUGACGAUCGACUCAAAUAAAGAGCAUAUCACUGGCUACCGGGACCGACAUGCUUUCCGCUUUCUGGGUAUUAGAUAUGCUGAUGAGCCUGAGCGUUGGACGUAUUCCAAGUUAUACCAAGGUUCGGGCAGCUCUGUGUCCGCUCUGCAGUUUGGAAAUAGUUGUCUACAGGGGCCGACAACCGGCGCGGAGGAUUGCUUGUUUCUGAAUAUUUGGACCCCAUAUCUGCCAAACCAACGCGGAAGGUCUAAUUUGGGAAGCUCACUCCGACCUGUUCUGUUUUGGAUCCAUGGAGGUGCAUUCAUGAGUGGCAAGGGCUCUCACCCUUACACGGAUGGUUCAAACCUGGCAUCUCGUGGAGAUGUCGUGGUCGUGGCCAUCAACUAUCGAUUAGGAUCUUUGGGAUUCCUGGCUUUGCAUGACGGCCAGACAAAUGGAAACUUUGGAUUGGCCGACCAAGUCACAGCGCUAGACUGGGUGCGCAAGAACAUUAUGGAUUUCGGGGGAGAUCCCAAGCGAGUGACUAUUGUUGGCCAGUCUGCGGGCGCCGGAUCAGUACGAGCACUUUUGGCAUCGCCCAAAGCCAGGGGAAAGUUUGCUAGAGCCAUAAUGCAGAGCAACCUGGGUGGGCUGGGAUAUGGCACCACGUAUUCUGAUUAUUACACCGUCGAGGAGCAGAUGGAAGUGGCCGGGCAGCCAAUCCUGGACGCAACCAACUGCAGCAAUGCCUCGUCGCAGGUCGACUGCCUCCGCCAGCUCCCAGCAAGGACAAUUGCUAAUCUGCCCGCCACAGCUCGAUACCUUGUCGUUGAUGGCACGUAUCUGACAGGCAAUCAGCUUGACUUGAAGCACCGUCAGGCCACCGCCCACGUCCCACUUCUGAUCGGAAUAAUGCGCGAUGAUGGUGCGGCCAUGAUUGGAUAUCCCUCGAUGGAGGAGACUUUGGAGACCUUUAUCAGGGCUUAUGGGUUGCCAUCCUCUGCCCUUUCGACCGGGUUAUUCCCUCUCCCUGCCAGUCGCAAUACGACGCUCAAUAAAUUCAACACCACGUCGCGAAUGGCAACAGAUGGUAUUUUUCGAUGCAUCGAUCAAGCUACUGCCUACGCAGGAAUCAAAAACCAGAUAUUUCCAUCCGUUCACUUUUAUGAAUUCAAUCGCUCCUACCAGACAGCAUCAUACUCUCCGAAUCCGCCCCUCUGUGAGGCUCCGGUAACACCGAGUCAUCCCGCUGGAGACCCGAGUCUUGAAUAUUUCAAAUGUCACUCUGGAGAGAUAUAUUACGUCUUUGGCAAUGUGCGCAGGCAGGGCCUUCCGCUGAGAGAUGAAUUUGAUUUGCCGUUUGAGCAGUUGGUGGUUGAUUCUUGGACCAGCUUCGUGCGCACAGGAAACCCUACUCCAAGCCCAGGCUACCUAGCGGCUCGUCAGUAUUUUAAUACAACCCAGGAUAUUGAAGCUGCAGGUGCGUGGAAUCCACUAAAGCCGGACAGCCUCUCUCUGAGAUUGUUUGACUGGCCUGGCCGCGUGGUACCGUUAGUUGAUUUGGAACAGUGUCGGGCUUUAAACAUAUCUCUUGAGUACUAUUUGUAG